GUAAUAAUGACAAACUGGCUGCUCUGAUUGCACGAUAGCAACAGAAAGAAUGCCUGAAUAAUCUUCCAAACAGAGAGGUGCUGCUCUCUAUAUAAUCAGUCUCUUCCUCACACUGUCACACAAGACGUACACAGCCGUCACAAGUUCACCAGCACGGCUGCACACCCAUUACUGCACGGGCGCAGAUAGGCAUGGGCUCUGUCGCCGCCGACCGGCCGCACGUCGUGUGCGUGCCGUUCCCGGCGCAGGGCCACGUCACGCCGAUGCUGAAGCUGGCCAAGGUCCUCCACUGCCGGGGCUUCCACGUCACCUUCGUGAACACGGAGUACAACCACCGCCGCCUCCUCCGCUCCCGCGGCGCCGGCGCGCUCGACGGCCUCCCGGGAUUCCGCUUCGCCGCCAUCCCGGAGGGCCUGCCGCCGUCCGACGUCGACGCCACCCAGGACGUGCCGUCGCUCUGCCGCGCCACCAUGGAGAACUGCCUCCCGCACUUCAGGGGCCUCCUCGCCGAGCUCAACGCCUCCCCGGACGCGCCGCCGGUCACCUGCGUCGUCGGCGACGACGUCAUGAGCUUCACCAUGGAAGCCGCCAGGGAGAUCGGCGUGCCGUGCGCGCUGCUCUGGACGUCCAGCACCUGCGGCUACGCAGGCUACCGUUACUACUGCACCCUCAUCGACCAGGGCGUCUUCCCUCUCAAAGAGGAGCAGCUGACGAACGGGUUCUUGGACACGCCGGUGGAGAGUGCGCCCGGGUUGAGCAAGCACAUCCGGCUCAAGGACCUCCCAAGCUUCAUCCGCUCAACGGACCCCGACGACUUCAUGGUCCACUUCGCCCUCAAGGUGACCGAGCAGAUAGCCGGCGCGGACGCCGUCAUCCUCAACACCUUGUACGAGCUCGAGCAGGAGGCGGUCGACGCCAUGCGCGCCAUGAUUCCGCCUCCCGCGUCCAUCCACGCCGUCGGCCCACUCGCUCUGCUCGCCGAGCAGAUCGUGCCCCAGGGCAGCCAGCUCGACGCGCUGGGCUCCAACCUCUGGAAGGAGGACGUCUCCUGCCUCGCCUGGCUCGACGGCAGGGAGCCCCGUUCGGUGGUGUACGUGAACUACGGGAGCAUCACUGUGAUGACGAACGAGGAGCUGGUGGAGUUCGCGUGGGGGCUCGCGAACAGCGGCCACGACUUCCUGUGGGUCAUCCGGCCGGACCUCGUCGACGGCGACGCCGCCGUGCUGCCGCCGGAGUUCCUGGAAGCCAUCGAGGGCCGCGGCCACCUGGCGACCUGGUGCCCGCAGGAGGCGGUGCUGCGGCACGAGGCGGUGGGCGUGUUCCUGACGCACUCCGGGUGGAACUCGACGCUGGAGAGCCUGUGCGCCGGGGUGCCGAUGCUGUGCUGGCCCUUCUUCGCGGAGCAGCAGACCAACUGCCGGUACAAGUGCGAGGAGUGGGGCGUGGCCAUGGAGAUCGGCCACGACGUGCGGCGGGAGGCCGUGGAGGGGAAGAUACGGGAGGCCAUGGGCGGGGAGAAAGGGAAGGAGAUGCGGCGCCGCGCGGCGGAGUGGCGGGAGGCCGCCGGGCGCACGACGAGGCCCGGCGGGGGCUCGUACGCCAGCCACGAGAAGCUGGUGGCCGACGUGCUCCUCUCGGGUGGCAAGAGUUCUUGAUUAAUCUCCACGUACGGGGGUUGUCCUUGCCACCAGAGCCUGGUCUCGAUCUCCCACCGCGCACCACCAGCUUCCAGUAAAUGAGUGCUCGAUCUGUAUUGCAAUAGUGAAAGAAAUUGUUUUCCUUGUCAAAUAUAAUAGUGUGGUAUGUAGCGUUGUAAUGUCCACAUGAUUAUUGGAAUACAUAAAGCUUAAUUACAAAAUUGUAAUGUUGUCCCA